CUACUCCUCCUCUCUGACUGGUUGUAGUAAUUCGGUUCCAGCAUACUCCGUUCGUCUUUUUGGUGUCAGGGUGCCACUGGGAAGAGGCUACGACGGAACUGCCGCGCGUGAGGGACACGACCAGUCAUCGACCUCGGUUAAUAGCGACAACCCGCUGCGGGCGAUGACACUGGCACACUGAGUUAGGAAUACACGACGAAGACGCAAAAAUGACGGUGGACUUUGAAGAAUGUAUCAAGGAUUCGCCUCGCUUCAGGGCUGGCAUUGACGAUGUGGAGACAGACGUGGUGGAAAUCGAGGCAAAGCUGGACAAGCUGGUGAAGCUGUGCAGCGGUAUGAUCGAGGCCGGCAGGGCCUACGUCAGCGCCAACAAGCUCUUUGUUAACGGCAUCAAGGACCUGUCACAGCAAUGCAAGAAAGAGGAGAUGAUAUCGGACUGCCUCGAAAAAUGUGGAGAAAGUCUGCAGGAGAUCGUCAACUACCAUAUGAUUUUGUUUGACCAAGCUCAAAGAUCAAUCAAGCAGCAGCUCCAUGCAUUCAUUAAAGAUGACGUGCGCAAGUUCAAGGACACCAAGAAGCAGUUUGAUAGGGUUCGAGAGGACAUGGAGCUGGCUCAGGUGAAGAAUGCUCAGGCGCCCAGGAACAAGGUCCACGAGGCGGAGGAGGCCACUCAAGCACUCGUCCUCAGCCGCAAAGCCUUCAGGCACUUAGCCCUGGACUACGUACUUCAGAUUAAUGUACUUCAGGCAAGGAAGAAGUUUGAAAUCCUAGACGCGAUGCUGUCCUUCAUGCGUGCCCAGUACACUUUUUUCCAACAAGGCUUCAACAUUCUGGAUGAGAUUGAUCCCUAUAUGAAAAAGCUGGCUGCCCAGCUGGAUCAGCUUGUAAUUGACUCUGCAGUGGAGAAGAGGGAGUUGGAGCACAAACAUGCCCUCAUCCAGCAAAGAACUCUGAUGCAGGACUUUUCCUAUGAUGACCCCAAGCUGGAGUUCAAUGUGGAUGCCCCCAAUGGUGUUGUCAUGGAGGGUUACCUCUUCAAGAGAGCCAGCAAUGCUUUUAAGACCUGGAACAGGCGAUGGUUUUCCAUACAGAAUAGCCAACUGGUCUACCAAAAGAAACUCAAGGACUCUUUGACGGUGGUAGUGGAGGACCUGAGGCUGUGUUCAGUCAAACCGUGUGAAGAUAACGAGAGGCGGUUCUGUUUCGAGGUGGUUUCACCCACUAAGAGCUGUAUGCUUCAGGCUGAGUCAGAGAAGCUGAGGCAGGCGUGGAUCCAAGCGGUCCAAGCAAGCAUCGCUUCUGCUUAUAAAGAUAUCGCCGACAACUACUACAUUGAGCGCUUGGAUCGCACAGCCUCGCCCUCCACCAGCAGCAUUGACUCUGCCAGCGAGCCCAGAGACAAGGGGGAGAGGGCGGAUAGGGCGGUUCGGGGAGGGGGCGAAGGCCUCCUCCAAAGGGUGCAGAACCUGCCGGGCAACGAGUUGUGUUGCGACUGUGGCCAGAGUGCUCCAUGCUGGGCCUCCAUCAACCUCGGAGUGCUGCUGUGCAUCGAGUGCUCGGGGAUUCACAGGAGUCUUGGAGUUCAUUGCUCUAAAGUACGUUCACUGACUCUUGACUCAUGGGAGCCAGAGUUACUCAAGCUAAUGUGUGAAUUAGGGAAUACUGUGAUCAAUCAAAUUUACGAGGGCGCCUGCGAAGACCUCGGGGUGAAAAAGCCUGGACCGUCCAGCACGAGACAGGAGAAAGAGUCGUGGAUAAAGUCCAAAUAUGUGGAGAAGCGUUUCUUAAAGAAAAUAAGUGGGAGUGAGGCGUUGGUGGAAGGUGAAAGGAAGUCCCGACCGUGGACUGUGAAGAAGUGCCAGCGACACAACAGCUCGGUUCGGGCGCCCAACAAAGCCCGCAGGAAAUACCGCCGCUAUGAGCCUGGCAGCGCCUCACCUGCAAAUCUCUCGGCAGCAGCUGCAGCCAAGUUUCGCCGCGAUUCCCUGUUCUGCCCAGAUGAGCUGGACUCCCUCUUCUCCUACUUUGACACAGGAUCUGGUCCUCGCAGUCUGAGCAGCGAUAGCGGCCUGGGAGGAAGCACUGACGGCAGCACCGACAUCCUAGUGUUUGGCUCUGUAGUGGACAGCGUCACAGAAGAAGAAGAGGAAUCAGAGGAGUCCUCGAGUGGCGAGGUAGAAAUUGAACAGGAAGUACCGUCAGACCCUGAGGACCCCAGGGAGCUCCACCCAGGCGCGCUGCUCCACCGAUCCUCCCGUCUUCACAACUUGCCGCUCAUGGCCGAGGCGCUGGCUCAUGGCGCAGAUGUCCAUGCUCCAAGUGAGGAAGACGAUGGAAAAACGCCACUCAUACAGGCUGUAAUGGGGGGCUCGCUGAUAGCUUGUGAGUUCCUGCUUCAGAAUGGAGCUGAUGUGAACCAGAGAGACAUGAGAGGAAGAGGCCCACUGCAUCACGCUACCUACCUCAGACACACUGGUCAGGUGUGUCUGUUCCUGAAGAGAGGAGCGUCGCAGACUGAAGUGGACGAGCAGGGCUAUGACCCACUGAGCAUUGCGGUGCAAGCUGCCAACGCGGAUAUCGUUACCCUCCUGCGUUUGGCGCGGAUGAAUGAGGAGAUGCGAGAAGCGGAAGCCCCCCUGGGACAACCAGGUCAAUAUCCCAGCACCAGCCCCACUGAGCAGCAGUACAGGAAGUGCAUCCAAGAGUUCAUCUGCCUCACCAUAGAGGAGUUUUAGCGUCUCUAGCCAUAGAGUCGUCCUGUUGCUGCCUAUAGAAACUGAUGUCAGCUCGAUCAAGGCUUAUGGGCAACGCAAACCCCCUGAUGGACCUUUUCUAACUCUUACUGACUAACUCCCCCCAUGCACCUCUUAUUUUCAGCUCUAAUUUUACAUUCCUUGCUACACUAGCCGCAUCACAUCAAGGCAAAUGACAUCUGCUUGUUGGUGUUCUGCUAACAUCCCCACCAUCACACGGUGGUUUAACCACUCAUGGGAGGCUGCGGGUGCUCUGUAGCCUGUCACUCCAUUAACCUGGAUCACACCAUCUCUCCUCAGCCAGAGGUGUAAAUAGUCUCAUUUAGAUGUGGCUCACCCUUACGAUGUGUGAUGUGGCAUGAAGCCAACAAAGAGCAUUUGUUAGAUUCAUUAAGGAACCAAUUUACAGUACGUAUAAAGUGAUGUCAGGGAGGGAUGAAAAACAAAAACUGUGACAAAAAGACCGAGCAGCUUUUUAGGGGGAGAAAGCCUCGUCUGCUUUGUAGAGUGAACAAUAUGAUUUUAUAAUACAUUUCUUUUAAAAGAAAAAUACGCUCAUAAAAAUGAAGUAUAGACUUGAUAUUUAAACGUCAACCUAUCCUCGCCAUUUUAUAUUUUCCGAGCCAAACACCAAAAAUUGGCCUCGCCAUUUUAUAUUUUCCGAGCCAAACACCAAAAAUUGGGUGGUAAGCUGCCAAAAUACUCUUGAGAACCCAUCACUGUCUUUAGUCCCUUUAUUUGCCAGCGGAGGGCUAUGCAUUUAGUACCUGGGCCUUCUUUAGAGUCAUACCGAAUGACUGCAUUUUAGCUGUUUGUUCAUGUAAAAGGACGUAAACAAAUUAGAUAAUCGCAGAAAUCUUGCUAAUCAAUAACAACAGACAGAAAAUCUUUUCCUGCCUUGUGUCUGUUCACUUGAUAAUUUAACUAAAGGGUCGUUUACACGACAACGGCAACAGGUGUGACAACACAAAAACACGGUGACGGCGUUUUGGGGGGCUGAAAAUGCCUUCCAGAUUGGAAAUUUCAAAAAACUCUACCCCCAUCGUUGCCGUCUAAACAGUUGACAACGCAAAAAUGAGUUUUGGGUGACAACGGACUUAUGUACUCCGGAACAGUAGGUGGCGAUAAUGUUCCAAUAUAUUUCUCAGUGAAGGGGGUGAAGACAGUGCAUGCGGACAGUUCGGCAGUGUAUGAAAACAUGUCUUCACGUAACAACCUUGUACAUGGUCUAAUUGCGUUCAACAUUAUUCAAGUAUCUAGUCAACUUUUCACAAUUUUAAUUACAGCCCGAUGCGCUUCGCCAUAUUGUUAUUUCACCAGGACAAAAGAGGACACCCCUCUGUUAUUGAAAGAGUUGGUACGCCCCGUCAGCCGCGGGAGUUAGGCAGUGGUAGCCAAAGUACUCACUAUUUUUAAUUUAAAGCAACACUUGGUAACUUUUCAACCUUUAUAAAAUAUUUUCAUAACAUUUGUGAUAAAAUGUUGACUGACAACUAGUUGAAUGACACCUCUUCUAUAUCACUUUCAGCGGCACUAAUUAACUUUUAGCCACACUAAGUCAUACAGUUGCUAAUCGUCAUAUGCUGUUGUUUAGCCACAACUGGAUUCGUUACCUUAUUACUAUUCAUUCUUCACACAGCCGCUGGAAAUGUUGUUUAAUCCAUCUGCAGGCGACCGAGAGAUUAAUUUUUGAUUCAUUGAUAAUUUUAAGACACUGCGGGUGUGCGCUGGUCCUCAUGGGAAACGCAGUCUUCCGUAAGGCAAAACACUACCGCUUUUGUCCACCGGCAUGGCUAAAAUCGACCAAAACUGAAAAGUUACCAAGUGUUUCUUUACGAAAAGUACAGAUACAGGUGCAAAAAAAUACUUAACUACAAGUAUCUAAGAAAAAAAAAUACUCAAGUGAAAGUACAAAGUACUUGCUUUAAAAUUUACCCGUAAAAGUAUUCUACCGAUGCAAAAAUGUAAUACACUGUACGUGUGUAUGUAAUAUGUGUGUAUGAGCAUACAUACAUUCAGAGAUUUGAGUCAAUAUUCAGAGAAAGAACCAGAUAAUUAAUUGACUGCUCAGUUUUAUUUAAAACUUUGCAGAAUUGAAAAAAAAAAAACGAGCAAUAAAAUUGACUGCACUGUAAACAAGCGAAACAAGCUCAAAAACUCCAAAAUUUAGCUUAAUAGCAGAUUGCAAGCAACUAUCAGGUGCAUACCGCAACCCACUGUACAUGAGUGAGGUGGUUUUUAUUGGUCAAUACAAUGAUCCCUCGCUACUUCGUGCCCUCAGUCCAUCAGGGAUUUUUUUUUUCCAAUCAAAAAACAGAAAAAUAAAUACAGAUGAGCUGUCCCGAUCCGAUCACGUAGUCUCACUCUCUGUCCUGCUGUUUUUCUUGGUCAGGCAGUGCACUGGAGUUGCUGAUUAAAGUUAAUAAUGAUGACAGACAUUAAGGUUUGAGCUUGCCAGAAUGCUUGGAAGCCGAAAUUUCAACACGUCGCAUGCAUCAAUCAUUGUUCAUCUUGUUAAACACUUGCUGUGGCAACUCAUUGUGUGUGUGUGAGCUGCUUGAGCGGAUUUGAGUUGACUCACUCAAUGAAUCAUUUAAUAAAGACAAGCAUUUUUCUAUGUUAUUCUUGUUUAAAAAUAAUUCGGUGGGACAGUAACAUGUUUAAAACUUAGUGCUUAAAGUGCUUAAAAAUCAUUUAUUAAUUUUUUUUUAAAUUAUACAUUGGGGAAAAAAAAGUGAAAAAAACAUGUCUUAUAUCUACGUAUCUCUUUUCAAUGCUAAAUCUGUAUAAAUACAUUGAACACACGCACAACAAAAAUUAUUGCGGAAGGUUCUGGUCACCAUUAACCGCAAAAAACAAGGGAUCACUGUUGACCUAGUGCUCAAUUAAGGUAUACUUGCACAGGGCUUAUCGAUUGCCCCGGAGGCAUGAAAACGAAACUAUGAAAUGACAACGAGGGAAAAAAACAAGUGAAACGCAGGCGACAAUUUGAAAAGUAGUGGAGUAAAAGCACAGAUAAGUGCUGUAAAAUGUAGUGAAAUAAAAGUACCACUUCAUAUUUAUACCCAUGAUGAUCCAUUUUGACCAUCAUGGUAGAUGCAACUGAUAAUGUAGGAAUCAGCAUAGAAAUGUACAAAAUCACUUGCAUGGGUGCACAAAAACAUCUGCAACUUGCUCAAAGAAAUGAGAAACUGCUUUUUUGAUGUGCACUAGUGAUACGAUUUUGCGAGGAUUGAACAAGUAGUUUUGAGAAUUUAAAUUCUGAUCUGAGAAACGUACCAAAGCAAUUGAGAAAAACUGUCGUGUGUAAUAUCGUUGUCGUGUAAACGUGGCCUAAAAUAAUUCAUGGGAUCGAGGUCAAUUAGUACAUCAUCAAAAUCCGAAACCUUAGCUACAACAAAUCAAAGUACAUCUCAACCAAUAAAACCUACAGGAAAUAGUAUAUUCGUACACUAGUGAUUUAAAUUCACUGCUGCUGUUACUACUGCUUUAUUGCCAUGAGAUGCCACAAGAAGGCGGCAAAGCACUUUUUCUAUGAGACAUAGCUUUGGCUUGAGCAUAAAAACAGUGAAUAUGUGACCUAAAAAUUUAACCUUCACGCUAAUUGUUUGUCUUACUAAAUGAGAGUAGCACCGGAAGCGAUUAUCUCCAGGAAGACUCAAACUAGAGGCGGUUGACGUUAUUCAGAAAAGUCAAUGCUUCUUUUUAUGGAGUGCUAAUACUGUGCACUUUUCCAACCUUUAGUAUUAUAAUUUUAUUAUAUUUAAGUUUGUUUUAUAGUACUCCCCUGCCCUGAAGUUGUUGUCUGUUACUGUCUGUCUAUUAUAUUUUUCUUAGAUGAGGAUCCGUGCAAUGCAUUUAAUGACAGCAGGGCCAAGAACCAAAAGUGGUAAUUGCCAAGAGGCAUUUUAUUUUUUGCCAUGUGGCAUUUUUUUUUUUUUUUGCCAUGUGGCAAAAUGGAUUUUACCAUGUCGCAAAAUUUUUUUGCCAUCUGGCAAAAUGGAUUUCGCCACGAGGCUUUUUUUUUUUUUUUUUUUUUGCCAUGUGGCAUUUUUGUUGCCAUCUGGCAAACAUUUUUUGCCAUGUGGUAAAAUGGAUUUUGACAUGUAGCAUUUUUUUUUUUGCCAUGUGGCAUUUUUGUUGCCAUGUGUCAAAAUGAAUUUUGCCAUGUGGCAUUUUUUGAGGGGGGAGGGGUAUAUGGCAUUUUUGCAGGCCAAUCACAUCCAUGCAAUUGACGGUCAUGCAUGGUCAAAAAUCACAGCCACACAUGUUUUUCUGCCAUUUAAAAUGAAUGGAAAAUUUGGACGUGCAUAGCCGUCAACGGCAUAGCCUGACUUGGGUGUCCGUUGAAUGUCAAUGCGCUGGGAUGGUAAAUGGAUGGCCAAAAAUCACAGCCACAAAUGUUUUUCUGCCAUUUAAAAUGAAUGGAAAAUUUGGACAUGCAUGGCCAUCAAUGGCGUGCAUGGCCUGAAAAACUGCCAUAUACCCCAAAAAAUGCCAUAUAAUCCCCCCAAAAAGGCCACAAACCAAAAUUCAUUUUGCCACAUACCCCAAAAAUGGCAAAAAAAUGCCACAUGGCAAAAUCAAGUUUGCUAUUUUGCCACGUACCAAAAAAUGGCAAAAAAAUGCCGUAUGGCAAAAUCAAGUUCGCCACAUGGCAAAGAAAAAUGCCACAUGGCAAAAUCAAUUUUGCCACAUGACAAAAAAAUGCCACAUGGCAUAAUCAAUUUUGCCACAUGGCAAAAAAAAUGCAACAUGGCAAAAUCCAUUUUGCCACAUGGCAAAAAAAAUGCAACACGGCAAAAUCCAUUUUGCCUCAUGGCAAAAAAAAUACCACGUGGUAAAAAUGAAUGCCACAUGGCAAAAUCCAUUUUGCCACAUGACAAAAAAAUACCACAUGGCAAAAUCAAUUUUGCCACAUGGCAAAAAAAUGCAACAUGGAAAAAUCAAUUUUGCCACAUGGCCAAAAAAAAAGCCUCAUGGCAAAAACAAUGCCAAAUGGCAAAAUCAAUUUUUCUGCAUUGCAAAAUAAAAUGCCACAUGGCAAAAUCCAUUUUGCCACAUGACAAAAAAAUACCACAUGGCAAAAUCCAUUUUGCCACACACCCAAAAAAUGCCACAUGGCAAAAUCAAUUUUGCCAAAUACAAAAAAAAAUGCCACAUGGCAAAAAAAAAAUUGCCAUAUGGCAAAAUCUAUUUCGCCACAUUGCAAAUACCACUUUUGAUUUGCGCUGUCUCUCUUUAAUGAUGCAGUUUGUUACAUUCUUUUAACGAAUGUCUGUUCAGUCUUAAAAUAUUGCUCGGAAAGAAGAGUGUUUUGACACAAUCUCAAUAAUAGCAGUCGUGAAAUCCAUUUUCGUCAAGUUUUUCGGAAUGUGGAAAGGCCUUACGUUACGUUUUGAAUACAAUAAUUCAGCAUUGAAAGAGAUUUUCUGAGUUUAUGGAAGAAAUGAAUGAAUGAAAGCAUAAAACGUGAGUUCAGUGUUUGGUCGUAGCAGUAAAAAAAAAAAACAAUGCUCACUGCUCUUAACUGAACAAAGAUGACUUCAUGGCUAUAUAACCACGCCCGCAUUUACUUGUAAAUACUCUUCAAUGUUACAAUAUCUGUAUCGGUGAGAUUAUGGAGCACAUUUUUAUUACGUGUUUACACACUUCGUAGGCUCAGAGGCCUAAUAGCGGAAAGUCUUCUCUGCAUGCUGUGUGGGCGAGUCAACACGGCUGCCGCUCCUAGCAUGCUCCGAUAUUUUUCUACAGUUUUCAUCACGUUGUGCAGUGCAGUUCUGUGGAAUAAGCAUGUACCAACAUGACCUCUCUGAUGUCACAGUUCAAAUCCUUUCCACAAGCAGUAAUUUCUUAUUUUGUGUGGUUUUAGUUUCCUCUGCCAAAGACUUUUGAAGACAAAGUGUCUGACCUUGUAUAUCACAGAUUUUGAUGGGUAUUUUUUUUUGUUCUCUUCAAACUGAAACUGUUUCUGUCUUACUAUGCUUUGUGAAGUGACGGAGUGGUAGAAACACUGUUGGUGUGCUCACAUGAUCUAAAACAGAACUGAGAUUCUCACAUGGUGAUAGUUACAGUCUUACAGACUUCAAGUAGUACCAGUCAAAGGGGGUCCGCUCGUCGCCCUCGAGGAAGUAUUCAAUGUCGUGUCCAUUGUGUGUGUUGACAUAGGAGUGGUAAAAAGGUGCUGUAAAUAGUACACGUGUAUUUCAACUCCAUGCCUGCCUCUCAGCGUUCAUCACAGAUCGUGACGCUUGGAUCUGUUUCAUGUUUGUCUUUUUAUUCUCUUUCGAAAGGCGCCCAACAGUCCACAGCUGGACAUUUGGGAAACUGUUAUUCCAUGUCUUUAGACACACUGAGGGGAACAAAUGGAAAAAAAACGAGUACAAUAAAAUGAGAAAUUCUUCAUGAACUAACCCGGCCUCUACUUGCUUUCAUUUCUUUUGAGCUCUCACAGUCUUUCAACAUUAGAGCAAUAUCUAGAAUUGAUUUAAAUUGAUCACUUCAAGAUUAUUUUUUUUCUCCAGUGAUGGCUCAAUGUCGGGAGACUGCUGUUUUCUCUACCUGACUGACUGUGUCCUGAAUUUCCAAGAAACACUAUCUUAUUCAAAGCAUUACGGGCUCAACAGUGAGCCUUACCUUUUUUAAAUGCUGAUUUUUAAAAUUCUAAUUCACAUUAGUGCUCAGUAUCAAAUGGUGCAGGGGGUUUCAAGCCUGCAGCAGUACUGUGUGCUUUGAAUAAUUCAGUGUCUUCACUUGUAAAACAUUCAUAUGACCUCACAAGCAGUUUUUUUUUUUUUUUUUUUACACCCACUAUAAAAAUUUUACACAAUUGCCAGGAAUGUUUUAAACCAUCAUUUUAUAUUCUAAGAAAGACAGCGCAGGUUGACAAACGCUAACUGA